CUGUUCGCGGCAAGGUGGACGUUCGUCGUUGAAGUUUCGCGAAUUCAGGGAUACGGCCGGUGGUCGGUACGAAAGCUUCAAGAUUGCUCGAAAACCGUCGCGCGAGGUGCGCAGGAGUGGAGGAGCUGCGGAAAUAGGGGGUGCCGGCGUAAUGCAGCGGGUGGGCGCAGCCGGGGGGCCCGGGCCCAUCGGCUUCCAGGGCCCUCCAAGAUCAUUGAAGAUCUCGCCGGUGAACAUACAGGACGAGCCCAGCGAUCCUACGCAGAAAAGCAGGAGCUCGCUCUGCGUCGGCUGCGGCGGCCGAAUUCACGACCAGUGGAUUCUGAGGGUAGCGCCUAAUCUCGAGUGGCACGCGGCGUGUUUGAAAUGCGCCGAGUGCCAACAGUUCCUGGACGAGAAGUGCACCUGCUUCGUGCGGGACGGCAAAACCUACUGCAAGCGCGAUUACGUUAGGUUGUUCGGUACGAAGUGCGACAAGUGUAGCCAGUGCUUUAGCAAAAACGAUUACGUGAUGAGGGCGAAAACCAAGAUCUAUCACGUGGAGUGCUUUCGAUGCUGCGCUUGUAUGAGGCGGCUCGAGACCGGCGACGAAUUCGCUCUGAGGCAGGACGGCCUUUUCUGCCGGCACGAUCACGACGUUCUCGAAGGCGGGAAACACUGCACCGGCGCUACCGGUCUACCUGGAAGCGAGAACAACAACAAUGCCUCCUUGACGAACAACAAUCAUCAUUUGCAUCCGAACGAUGGUUCGAUGUCAGAUUCAGGAUCGGAGAGCGGGUCACACAAGGCCGGCGUCGGCGGCGUUCGCGGCUCAGGUGGUCACAAAAGCGGCGGCGGAUCCGACGGGAAGCCGACACGAGUGCGCACCGUUCUGAACGAGAAGCAGCUGCACACCUUGAGGACCUGCUACGCCGCGAACCCGCGGCCGGACGCCCUCAUGAAGGAGCAGCUCGUCGAAAUGACCGGGCUGAGUCCGCGGGUGAUCAGGGUAUGGUUCCAAAAUAAGAGAUGCAAAGACAAGAAGAAGACGAUCGCCUUGAAGCAGCAGAUGCAGGAGAAGCGCUUCUCAUUACAGGACGGCCGUAAGUUGGGUUUCGGCGGUAUGCACGGGAUCCCCAUGAUCGCCAGCAGUCCCGUGAGACACGAGAGUUCCAUCGGGGUGGCGGCUCUGGAGGUUCACGCUUAUCAGCCGCCGUGGAAAGCGCUUUCGGACUUCGCGCUUCACACCGACUUGGAUCGAUUAGACACCAACGCGCCGUCUUUCCAUAAUUUGGUGUCGCAGAUGCACGGAUACGAUUUGCACGGCGGCCCGCCGCCGCAAUUGCCACCACCGGGGAUGCUCGGCGGACCGAUGAACGAUGGUGGUGGUGGACCGUUACCGCCUCCGGGGCCUCAUCACCCGGGUAGCGGCGGGCCUGACAUGGGCCAACAUCCCGACAGCACCGACAGCUACGUGACCUACGUGGAGAGUGACAGUGACUCGUUUCACCACGACACGGGUAGUCCAUAGUGUCGUGCGAUCUGUGCGCGUCUCGAAUGCAAAGCAACACCGUCU